UCCUGGGAUCAUUUGCGGACCCGUACAGAACUUGUUGUCACACUACAGGUUGAUGUUGCGUGGAACUUACCCGCACCAUCGUUACAAAACGGACAACUUGUACGAUUCAUCCCGGAGGGGGGGAACUCCCACAUGAAAAGGUAGAGGAUGCUUUUCCUCUACUUUGGGAGUGUAAAUGAAGGAUUUUCGUCUCACUUGGGGUGUUCAGGACGACAUGCCAGCAUUUUUAGCCAUAAAAGUGUCUUUUGGGGUGUACUGGAAGGAAUAUAAUAUUAAAAAUCUGCUCUUAUUUCCGUUUUUAAUCUGGAUUUCCGACUGUCUCUCAAGUCCGGUCUACUAUCGCGGGCUCCUUUCCUGAACAGCAGCUGUUAAUCGAUGCUAAUCCGUUUUAAGUGGUAUCUUUUAGUAGGGUCUGGAUGGGGUAAACUGACAACUGACUAAUGGCGAAAAAAAUAACUGACACCUGGCAAAUACCCGAAAAUUUAACUGACAACUGACGAAAGGUUUUAGCCAUUGUUAUUCGUUUGAAAGUCACUGAAAAUAACUUUUUUUGGGAGGAAAUAUUAUUACUUUAACCUUGGUAGUUUAAAACUAUAACCUCUUAAUAAUUAGCAUGGUCCGUGUGUUGACUGACCACAGCAAAUUAGCAAACCCUUUACUUCUUGGUGUUGUGGAAACUAUUAUUACUUAGUUAUUGUGUUUUGCUUUUGGGUAUUGUUUGUCGUCUUUUGAAUCUUUAUUUGUUUCACAACAUUUGGUGAUCACACGCAGCACCAAGUCACUACAUUUGCUACCGUUACUUCUGAAAAUGUAUGUUGACUAGCAUACGAAACGUCAAGCUCAGUGUUAUAACUGAUGCGUUGGAAUACAAUGUUUAUCACCGCUGUUUGUGUUAAAUCUUAAUCAUUUUGUCUAGUUGUGUUGUGACGGUUCUUGGGCGAGUAACAGACGUAAUACCAUUUAGCUGUUUCUGUUACAGAAACCAAAGUUUAAGAGCUUCGGGCUUAUUCCAUCAAAGGGCCACUUUUUAGUUUCCCCAAUGUUGUGUAUAAAUACAUUACAAUUCAGUGCAUAGCACAUGAAGUACAUCGUCCAGACCAUCGUACGUCCAGGACAUGUCCAGGUGGAUCGCCGCUGACCAGUAACUCGAACCCUCGGACAACGGAUUCUCCAAUGAUUACCGAAGUUUAUGUCAGAACCCGCUUUUUCCGAAAAGGUUUUUCAGUCUCAUCAUGGCUUAUGUCGCAAGAACAGGAACGAAAAUAUCUCAUUCUCUCCUUCAUGGUUCCGCUGGUCGUAGUGUUCCGUUGAAGAAAGGACAAGAGCUAAGAACUCUUCCAUCAUUAAGCACUUUGUCGUUCAGUGUCAACAGUCACGCUGCAAAAGAGCCUAUCAAGACAAUAUCAGAUAUGCCAGGACCUAUCAGCCUUCCGAUCAUAGGGACAGCUUGGAAAUUCUUCGCUAGCGCGAAAGGCGAAUCCCUUGGAAAGCGAGUUCUGAAAGUACAAGAAGAAAAUGCGAACAAAUAUGGUAGAAUAUUCCGAUCGCAAUUACCCGGGGUUACGAUUAUUUCUCUCUCAGACCCCGCAGAUGUAGCGAAAGUUUUGCGAUCCGAGCCAAAGUACCCUCAACGACGUCAGUUCCCCGUUCUCGACUACUACCGCGAAAAACGACAAAAGGUUCCUGGCGUUUUCUUCUUGGAUGGUCCUGAGUGGUACAAGCAUCGAAGUGUGCUAAGUAAGCGAAUGCUUCGACCCAAACAAGUAACUGACUACGCUUCGGCCUUCAACGAAAUCGUAACAGAUUUUAUUCACAGACUGCGAACUGUUCGAGAACCUAGUGGCUCAGAGAAAGAAAACGAAGUCUGUGCUCUCGACAAGGAGCUCUUCAAAUGGUCAUUUGAGUCUGUCGCAGUCAUGUUGUUCGACAAAAGGUUUGGUUGUCUUGAGCCCGAAGUAAACAAAGAAGCACAGACCUUUAUAACAGCUGUGGGAAAUAUUCUGCACAAUGUAAUGGCGAUAGGUUUUCUGCCGACCUGGUUCUACAAGAUUUACGAAACCCAGCAGUUUAAAACAUUUUUUUCAAGUUUUGACACGAUGUACGAAUACGCUGAAUUGUUUAUCCAGACAAGGAUUAACGAGCUUGAAGAACAACAAAGGAACCAGUCAAGCGAUCCAUCAGAACCUUCUGAGAGAGACAAAGCGGGUUUCUUUGAGUUUCUCCUGUCAAGUGGAAAGCUGACUAAAGAUGAUUUACUUGCAAGCGUGAUUGAUGUUCUGUUUGCUGGGGUUGACACAACUUCCAACACGAUGCAGUGGGUGUUGUACAUGAUGGCGAAAAAUCCUGACAAGCAAGACAUCCUGCGACAAGAAGUAUUAUCAGUGCUUGGGGAUACAACAUUGGCGACACCGACGACUCUGGCGCAAAUGCCUUACCUGAAAGCCUGGGUACGGGAAACGCUGCGGCUCUAUCCAGUCCUUUGUGCUAUUCCUCGAAGGCCGCCUAAGGAUAUCAUUUUAAGUGGAUACCUCAUUCCUGGGGGUGUGGCCCAAGUCGAGUUUCUUACUCAUGUCAUGGGCCGAAAUGAGAAACUUUUCGAAGAUGCCGAAGCGUUUAGACCCGAAAGAUGGCUGCGCAAGAGAGACGGCGUUCCAACCGACACCGCCAAAGCUUUCUCUUCUAUUCCGUUUGGAUUUGGAACCCGAAUGUGUAUUGGCCGUCGUAUCGCUGAGUUGGAGCUUCAUCUUUUAUUGGCCAGAAUCGUGCAACAAUUUGAGAUUUCUUAUCCUUCUGAUGCGGAGAAUGUUGAGCCAUUUGUUCGAGGGGUUACGAUUCCUGACAGAGCUGUGAGAGCGAAGUUUGUAGACAGACAAUAAAGAACUGAACAGAAUUGAAGUAGAAGGCAUUUAAAAAGUGGAACUAGUAACAUGUUCGUCUCAUUUCGGACAAGUAAACCUUAAAAUAUCAAAUUAGUAAAUAUAGUAAAACACUAAAAAAGGUGACUCCAAAGUAAGAGAAUUCAAAGAUAUUUAGAAUGGAAUAUAAUGUAUCGAAUUCCGAAAUAUAGGAACAUGCAUGUACCAAAUCAGGGCCGUGCAUAUCAGGGGGACAGGGGAGGCAGUUGCCACCGCCAGGAAAACUUAAUGUUUUUUAUUCUUUUUUCUAACAUAGUGUUUGAUUUUGCUGGGCUAUUUCUUGUAGCUAUAUUGGUCCGAAAUCUCAAGAAAACCGACUAAUUCACUAAAAAAUCCUCCUUCAAUGUAAAUUCCAAAUAAUUAUUUUGGAAAAUCUUUUGAGGCAAAAGCCAGCUCUCAAUUUACCCUCGUACCCAGCGUCUUUGUUCCCUUAGACCAGUGGUCAGAAACAAUCAUUUUGUCAAGCCAGCAUGCACAGUAAGGAAUGAAGACUCGAGGUACAAGACGUUCUCGUCCCCAGAGGCCGCGCUCCUUUUGGUCAGCACCAGGAAUCGCGACCUCUGGCCUUACCCUCUGGCCGGGUCCAACACCGGAAGUCCGCGAUUCACGGACUUCCCAUCACUCUACUCAUGCUCAG